AUGGACCAGGACCAGAAACUUCGCUGUAAGUCCACUCUUCUAUGAGGUCCAUACACCAGGAGAGUAGCACGAUUUGUAUUGGCCUCCGACUGACUCACCCACCUGUUUCCCGUAACUACCGAGACAACAGAGUUUUAAAAAACGGUAAAAUACUGCUUUCUGCUUCAAUCUGGUCUCGUUGGCAGCGAUUUGACCGAAAGUAGCGGUUAGCAAGUCCUUUAAAAUUUCAGAAAUGGUAUUAAUGUCUCUAUCUUGUUAAAAAAGUAACUGGUUAAAGUUCUUUUUGUGGUGACCCGGUAUCACAGAACUGCUGCUUGGUCGGGUUCUUCCGGUCCAGAACCAGCUCCUAUCGCUUGUAUUGAGAGGAGGAAAUGCGCCCCCUACUGACUAUUUUUUAGAAAAACCUUAAAGGGAUAUUCCGGCGUAAAAUUAAGUUAGGGUCAAACACAGCGAGUUAGACACCCCGUCAUGAGAUGAAUGUUGCUCACCGCUUGCUUCUCUAGUUAUACCUACUUUGCUAACGACCACACGAUAGCAAUUAACAGCAGACCCAGGAGCCAUGCGCUCAACCAAAACACCACUCUAUAGCCACAAAUAAUGCUCAGAACAGCACCUAACUUCAUCAACAGUACAUAUAGGGUCUCAGCCAUAGUACUAGCCACCAAACAUCUUUUUAGCUUUGCAUAAUUUCUUUAGCAAAGAGACUAAACACAACUCACCUACUCUCUUCCAGCAGCCGCUUUUUUGUAGUGAGACCUCCAGGCGAGUCCAUUGACCGCAGCAGGGUGACGCAACUUAAGGAAGAACAUUUCUGAUCAUUACUUCAUCAUUUCCUUGAAGUAAUAAUCAUCAUAUUAAUCACUUGCAGAGCAGACGCAGCAGUUCUUCUGCCUUAUCGUCUCGGUCUGAUUGCAUUUCCAUGAAGCAUUAAUGUCUGCAAAUGGCUCGGCUGUGGAUGCAGGUUUCUUAUUGUCAUGAUGGAUGAUAUGCAGGCCUUCAGUCAUGUGAGGGGUGUAGGAGAGAUUCUGGAGAGCUGGUUCUUCAUGUCUGAAUUGUGGUCCAUGUGCAUGUCUCUUAGGACUUAGUAAAAUUCAGCUUGCACAUCUUCUCUUCCAUCUUGUUCUGAAUUGUUUGUGGUCUUAUUUUGUCAAACGAAUUUCAUUUGUGAGACCUCAACAGAAAACCAAAGCGUCAAUCACUGAGAAGGAGAAGUCGCUUUUUGGUCUAAGUGUGUUGUUUUCAAUGACCAAUUUUAUCACUAAAUUUGUGAGUCAUGAGAAGGUCUUACGGUAUGUGCAAUUUAUUUUUAUCAACGCCCUUUACACAACCCUUCCUCUAAACACUGACUGACGUCUUCCUCUUCGCUUCCUGUUAAACUGUUGAAGUGAAGUGGGUGGAGCGUCACCUUUAAACAGGACUUAACCCUCAACCACACAGAGAGAAGUGCUUCCUCCCGUCUCUGGUGAGUCUACUUUUUGAGGUAAAGCGUUUAUUAAAAUCAUGUAAAGAUAAUCUCUUAUAGCUCAAAUAUGAACAGAUGCAUUUAGCGGAUGAAGUUAGUUUCAUCUUGAGUUUUGUUUUUAAUCUUUCCUUCAGCUGUGAGUCUAUAUGAAAAAGCUCUGACUUGUACUUUUAAUGAUGGUGCAUGUAACUGUCUAAUCAUGAUAAUAACUUCCUAUGAACUGUUUUUUUUACUGUUUGAUAAAAUGGCAGAACCCAACACCAAAAAAGUUGAGAUUGUGGACGCUGUGUAAAGUGUUGAUUAAAAACAGGUUUUGGUGGUUUGUAAUAAAAGUAAAGCCUUUAUACAAUAAUAUUUGAUCAAUAUGCAGAACUUAUAAACUAUAUCCCGACUAAUGAGGUUAAUUUACAACAGGUUAGUGACAUGACUGCAAACAAAAAUGACUUUCAGAGAGGCUGAGUCUCUCAAACGGAAAGAAGGGUGAGGUUCACCACUCUGUGGGAAAGAGUUCAACUGUUUCAUAAUAAGGUUCCUGGGUGUAAACAUGUCAGAGAAUAAGUGGGUUUCAUCAUGUACAGAACGUAAUAUCAUGAAAAGAUUCAGGGAAUCUGGAGAAAUCUCUGUCCAAAAUGGACAAGUACCAAAACCAAGACUCGGUGGUCCUAAUCUUCAGGCCCUCAGGCAGCACUGCAUUAAAAACAGACAAGACUCUGUUGUGGAAAUCACUGUGUAGACUUAUAAUCAUUUCCAAAAACAGAUUUUAUCACUGAAUCCACAAAUACAGGUUCAAACUGAAACAUGCAAAGAAGAAACCAGAUAUAAAGACGAUCCAGAAACACCAGAGACUUCUCUGGACCUGAGCCUGUUUACUGUAAAAUGGACUGAGGGGAAGAGGAAAACUGAAUCAAAAACCGACAUAUUCUUUUUGAUAAUCAUGGGCACCAUAUUGAAAAUGGGACAAGAUUUCACUUUCCAAACUCUAGACAGUGGUCUCCUGGGUUCACUGACGUUUACUAGAGUGUUAGUGAUCGAAAAGCUGAGGACAAUUGAGAAACACGACUCUGGGACUACUUUUGUAGCCCUUUAAUGGCCGACACCACAAAUUAUUGCCAGAAAAUUCAAACUUUUUUGGAGCUGAAAUUUUUAUUUUACUUACUACUGAAAACCCCAAAAAAUCAAAAUAUCCUUAAAAUUCAACAAAUAUAUUUAAUUAUCUUGUUUGAUACAUUAGAUGUUUUUGGAAACUGAUAAACUACAAGAGAACAUUUUUAUCAUUUAUCGGACUGUAUUCAGGUGUUUUUUUCAGUAAUUUGUUGAUUUUAUUGAUUUGGUAGAAGUAUAUACAAGUAUGUAUCAAAUAUGAUACAAAAGGCAUUAAAGGGUGAAAGAAAAUUGCUUGCAGCAGCAAAUUUAAAAUGAGAAUACAUUUUUUUAGAUAUGUUGUCUAUAUUGUUGUCUGAACCUGUCUCUAUAAAUCUAUACUGCAUCCCAUCCUUUUGAACCUGGGCUGUACUGGUGCAGAUGCUGUUUAUCAUUAUGUUGACUGAUGGUUUUGGUGUCUGAAGACACAAUUGAUGCUUAUUUGUCAAAAUCAGACAUCAUAUAAAACACCAUCAACUCUCAGCUGCGUCUUUAACACUGCUACAGCUACGCUACAUCUGAGCCGUUUAAAACCGCUGAUUUAAUCAGACUUGGAAAAAAAAUAAGUAAAGCCAAAGAGAUAAUAAAAGUACAAAAAAGGAAUAUAAAAAGGUUAAUUCCUCUGUGCUCUGAGUUUAACAAAGAGGAAAUACUGACAUGUCACAACACUGAACUGUUAACUUUAUCCUUUUAUGGUGUCGACAGAGACGUGUCUGCACUCAGGAAGCUCUGUGGGUGCUUUCUGUGUCACACCAAGCUUACAAAACACACACAGGGUGGGUAGAUUUAUCACACACCUACGCUUAUAUAUUCUAGUUGAGCUAUAUACAAACACACACACAUACACAUAUAUAGUAUUUGGUUGUGCUCACAGUAACUGUAACUUUUUACACCCAGCUCUUUGUGAACAACUCUGCACUGAUGAUAAUGACACUGUGACUUUAGAAAGUAUAUUUCUGUCUCUCUGAGAAGCUCUUCAUGUGUCUGAAGGCUGAUACAUGUUUUCAGUCAGACUCUCAGAGAGCUUCUGAAAUCCCUGAGUUUCAGUCAGCUGUUUGUGUUUAUCAUUUUCAGGAAAUGGAUCCAUGCUGGCUGUUUCUUUUCUUCCUGCUGAUGGCCAGAGAUGGUGAGUUAAAGAAACAGGAAUAUUCAUCAAAUGCUAUUUAGUUUAUAUCCACAAAUUCUGCAGAAGACAAUGUUCGGUAUAAUCCCUAUGACCAGCAGAUACAGAGGAGGAUUAAGUCUUUUUUCUGUGUUUCCUUUAAUCUAACUUAAACACUCUGAGCGUGUGCAGGCAGCCCUUAAACCAAAGCAUAAUCAGAGUAAAAAAGGGCAAUAAUACAAAGUUUGACCUCAGGGAAUAAAAACAUCUCAAAGAAAUUUUGUUUCUGUUUUAAACUCUAACGUUUUUUCUUUCUUUUCGUUGUUGUUUGUUUCCUAGGAUCAUGUAACCAAGAAGAAAUUUGUUCAAAGUCAAUGAUCAACUCCUGCAGCGACUGCAUACGCUCCGGACCUUUCUGUGUGUGGUGCAAAAAACUGGUAAAGAAAAAAAAGAGAGAAAAAAAACAACCGUCAACCAAUCCUUUCUGGGUGAUCUGAAUCCAGACAGAGUGUAGACAGUGUAAACUACAUUUAUCCCAAUGCAGAACAAACCAGGCCCAGUUUCACUUCUGCCGCUAAAAACCUUCUUCCUCUUCUCUAUUUGCCCUCACAUUGAUCAGAAAAGACUGAAUUAGAGCGGGGCUGAAACACAGAAAGAAGUUACCAUCAUGCUGAAAAACUGUUUGUUUCAGUUUCGGGAUAAAACUUCUCCUAAUAAGACUUUCUGUGCCCGAAACUACCUCAUCAGCCAGUAAGGCAGCAGGGCUGUGUAAACUUAUUUUUAACAGCUGAAGACAUGAACACAGUGAGAACUGUUAAUGGUUGUUUCAGAGCUGAAACACUUUUGCUGCUGGCCGUCAGAGGGAUAAAGCCAUGCCAUGAAACCUCAAAUUAUUUUAGUGCUCUUGUAAGGUUUGAGUCAGCGUUAAAACAAAUUAACGCAACUUUAAACAAAGAUAGGAAAAAAGUAAGAUGGCUCACUAAGAAGUUUUCUGUGUGCUGGAUUGUCAGGUUGGGGUCUCAGUCAGUAUAGAGUCAUCAGGUAAUAGCCUCAGUCAUUAUAGUGACGUGUGGGGUCCCCCAAGGGUCAGUUCUGGGUCCCCUACUAUUCUCCCUCUGUAUGUUACCCUUGGGGUCAAGUUUUAGAGAGUAUGGUGUUCCUUUUCACUGUCUUGCUGAUGAUGUGCAGGUGUAUUUGCCUGUUAAGGUCCCGACCAAAGACUCUCUGCAGGUCGUGCUCAACUGCAUGAGUGAUGUCAUGGAUGGAUCUUGACUUUUUAAAAUUAAAUGGAAAUGAAACAGAGGUCAUCCUGUUCGAUCGCCCUGACCUGGUUCAGGUCCUUGCCAGCUCCCUUGGCUCACUAGCACCUUAUGUAGGAUCCCAUGCCAGGAAUCUUAGUUUUGUUAUUGAUGGUGAUUUUAAACUUGACAAACAGGUCAGCGCAGUUGUCAAAUCUGGCUUUUUUAGCUAAGGCUUCUUGCCAAAGUUAUAUUGUAUUUAAAAGUUAUCCAUGCUUUUAUCACAUCCCAUUUAGAUUAUUGUAAUUCCCUGUAUGUUGGCAUUCGCAAAUCAGAGCUCAACCGCUUGCAGCUUGUUCAAAAGGCUGCAGCUUGUCUCCUAACUGGGUGCAAGAAAUGGGAGCACAUAACUCCGGUGCUUUCCUCUCUUCACUGGCUCCCUGUUGGGCACAGGAUCGAUUUUAAGAUUCUUUUAUUUGUUUUUAAGUCUCUGAAUGGGCUGACCCUGGAAUAUCUGUCUGACCUUGUUAAACUGCGCCAGCCCUCCAGAGCCCCGAGGUCAGCUAAUCAGGUGGUUUUAGACGUUCCUCGAUCCUUUUUAAAAUCUAGGGGAGAUCGAGCAUUUUCUGUCGUGGCUCCCACUUUGUGGAAGGCUUUUACCUCUGGCAGUGCGUACUGCGAAUAGCCUUGCCACUUUUAAAACACUUCUGAAUACUCUGGCUGGUUCCUGAACCAGGUCAGGGCGAUCGAACAGGAUGACCUCUGUUUCGUGGCUGACAUUGACAUUGACUGUUAUACAUCAAAUGCUUCUUUCUUAACUCUAAAUGACUUUUGAGUUUUUAUUCCUUUACUUUUUUUCAUCUUUAUCAUAUUUUUUUGUUUAGAAUUUCACCAAACCUGGCGAGCAAGAAGCUGUUCGGUGUGACACCAGAGCGACGUUACUAAAAAAUGGCUGCGAGGAUGAAGACAUCAUCUCUCCUGAAAACAGUAUGACUAAAGAUAAGGCAGAGCCACUGUCGGACUCGUUCACCCAGCAGAAACUGAUCCAGUUGAGUCCUCAGAAGAUCAGCCUGAGCCUGAGGCCGGGUCAGUGAUUUUACUUAAAACUGGCUUUAUUUUUAUUAUUUUAAUGUUUUUGCUUCAAAUUUCAGAAUAACUAAAUCAACAAUGAUUCAGAAAUCAAACAUAGGAAAAGGACUUUUUCUCCUAAAAUUAUACCAGUUAAAUCACCAAUAGUUCAGACCAGUGGCAGCUGAUGGUCUUUCAAGGAGGGGAAGCUCAUUUUUCUGGCCUACAUCAUAAUUGUAUUUGUUUAUUAGUAUGUAACAGAACAGAGUCGCCAAACACAACGGCAGUCGUUUUUAACAAAGACAAAAGUCGCUGAGGAUCGGUAAAGUCUCUGGAGCAGUUAAGAACAACGGAAUGAAUAACUUGGAAAAUGCUCUGGUAGAUGUUUUAUUCUUCAAGAUCGCUGAUUCGCUUGUUUAGCUGUCAAUCAAAAAAGGAUUUCGCCUCAGACAGCUCAUCCAAUCAUGGAUGCAGAAGCAUGGAGUCCGGGAGAAAGUCGGGACCGCCCUCUCGCCAUAGAACUCCAGUGAAGCUGGGCUUCCGAUGGGCGGGACAAAGCCCAGCAUUUAUCCAAUGAGCGUCUAGUUUCGCUGCUGGAACAACCCACUUUAAGCUUCCACAUUGAAGUCAGCAGAAGCCCAGCGUCCGGCUGUUAAGCACUGAGGCGCUGCGAGGAUGAAUGAGAACGAAGUUAUGCCGGUUACCUGUAAUUAUCAGCUUCUUAUCACAGUGUCUGAACAAAAGAUGAGGGCUUUCUAGUGCGUAUUUAGUUAAUGAAAUGUACACACAGCAGUACGUAUUUCACCACUUUUUCUUUUUUUUGGGGGGUGACAUUUUAAGGGAAGCCGAGCUUCCCUUGCAGUCUUAGAGCAAUCGCCACUGGUUCAGACAGCCAUCACUUCUACUUCUUGUACUUUUGUGGUGUUAAUGUCUGAAUACUAAUAAUUCCCAAAGGAUUAAUUAUCAAUUAUUAAUCAUUCAAUUCUUCUCCAAGCAAAUUCAAACUCAUUUAAAGUUAUUCAAACCCUUCUUAUACUUAAAGAUUUUCAAUCAUUUAAAUUUUCUACACUUUUAAAUUUGUUGAUUAUUCAUGCAUUAUUCAAUUCUUCAAACAAAUUCCAAUCACUCAAAACUUCGUGACACUUUAAAAUUUCAACAUUCAGCCAUUUGUAAUAGCAGUUUAGAGAUAGCAUUUUCAACCAAAGCAAUCCCACUCGUAAUUUCUUCAGAAAUCUGGUAUCCAUCACACUCUGCCAAAGGAAGGGCCCAAAAUUGGCUCUGAAGUUUACACCCUUUGAGGUCCACGGAUGUCUCCAAUGGGAUGAGGAACCAUAGAGACUAUCCAAAGUUUAAUGUUGGGGAUAAAAUCCGGGCUGAAUCUGUCUCUCUGUCCAGGGUUAGAAAAACUCAGAGGUUGAAUGAGGGGAAAGGGGUGAACACAGAUUAAGUACAGGAAAAGGGAGAGUAAAAGAAGACCAACAAAAGACCUUCCAAAGUUUGAUAUCUGAAUCUUUUGUGAUCUGGUUUAUUAUCCAACAGCUGUGAUUAACAGGAAUGAUUCCUCUUUAUUUUUGUGUUUCCAGGGAGUCCCGAGACUUUCAGAGUUUCCUUUAAAAGAGUUCAGGGUUACCCUGUGGAUCUGUACUACCUGAUGGAUUUAUCCUAUUCCAUGAAAGACGACUUAAAAAACAUCAAAGAGCUGGGAGCACAACUGUUCGCUGCUCUAAAAAAGUUCACUGAACAUGCCCAAAUAGGUAACAUCAACAUUAAAAUAAUCACAGUUUAUGUUUAAGGCCUUUGAAAUGCCUGUUAACUGUGAAAGUCAAACUGUCAAUAUCAACCUUGAGACAAACAGAUGGCGUACUUUUCAGGGUUCGGAGCAUUCGUGGAUAAGACCGUCCUCCCGUACACCAACACCAACGAGGAGAAACUGCAGAAACCUUGUGAUGAGGACUACCAGCAGUGUCAGGCGGCCUUUGGGUACAGACACGUCCUCAAUCUGACGUCGAGCGAGAGGGAGUUCAAGAAGAAGGUGAACCAGCAGUUCAUCUCUGGAAACCUGGACCCACCUGAAGGAAGUCUGGAUGCCAUGAUGCAGGCUGCUGUUUGUGGGGUGAAUUGAAUAAUUAAUUGUGUUUUUAAUCACAUCAUUUUAUUUCUUGGUUUAUUGAUCCAUUGCUUAUACUUAAUCAGGACAAAAUCGGCUGGAGAAACAGCAGCACGCGGCUCAUCGUUCUGACCACAGACGCUGGUUUCCACAUGGCGGGCGAUGGUAAACUGGCUGGUAUCCUGACACCAAAUGAUGAGCAAUGUCACAUGACUGACAACCUUUACGUUCAGAGCAGCCACAUGGUAAGUAAGGAGGCCCAGGGGGGUCAAACAGGUUUGCAAUAUGUAACAGAAAUCUGGAAUCGUUGAUCAGAUGUUUGUAUCAAUUAAACCUGUUUAUCAAACUCAACGUUGUGUUUCAGGAUUACCCCUCCGUCGGGCAGUUGGCCACGCAGCUGUCCAAAAACAAUAUCCAGCCCAUAUUUGCGGUAACAAAAGAAGUGGUGAAGGUGUAUCAGGUAAGUUUACUUGAGUUUUGUAUUGAUUGAUUGAUUGAUUGAUUUUAGAAAUCUUUUCUUCUCACUCUUUUUGUCCUCUCGUGGUUUUAUCACAGGAACUGUCCAAAAUGAUUCCCACGUCAGAGGUCGGAGUUUUGUCAGCUGACUCUGGAAACGUAGUUCAGUUGAUCGAACGAGCUUACAGAGUGAGGAUUAUUGUUACGUUUUGUCCUUUUUGUGCACAUUAAUAUUCAAUCUCUUCAACUGUUUGGCUCAUUUUCACAUUAUUUGUCCGUCUUUGUCACAAACACAGCGUUUGUCCUCCAAAGUAACUCUGACUCAUGGCAAUCUGCCCAAUGGUGUCAGAGUUUCCUACACUCCGUUAUGUGCGAAACCGGGACCGUCAGGAGAAAACGAAGGUGUUUGUGAUGAUGUUCCUGUGGCACAUGAGGUCAGUUUCAAUCCAAUCCAAUCCACUUUAUUUAUACAGCACAUUUUAAAAAACAUUCAAGUUUGCCAAAGUAAAUUAAAAAGAACAAACACUACAGAAAACUUCAGGAGGAAAUAAAUAAAAGCAGGUAAUUUUUUUUUUUUAAAUGAAAUAAAAUAAAUGAAAAAAAAACACAAAAGCAUGAAAGAAAUAAAAGUGAUAAUAGGACCAUAAAGAGGUUGCUCUGCGUCCUGAUCCUUGACAUCCCUCAUUAUGCACCAAACCCCGACAUGCACAGAGGUACAUGGCCCGUUCAUCCCUGCUCUAAGUUUUGAUGUAUCGUCUCUUAUCAUCUCUGCAGAUUGCCUUUAACGUCACAGUGACAGUAGACUCAUGCAUGACGGGUGAAUCCUUCACGAUCAGGCCUCUGGGUAUCAAAGAUACUCUGACAGUGAGUUUGUCCACAGAGUGUGAUUGUAAGUGUCCAGAACAGCCCACCACAGACAACACAGUCUGCUCAGGUCAAGGACAAGUCACCUGUGGGAUCUGCAGGUGAGAUCCGUACAGCCAGCUGCUGAUCUUCAUCCUUUAGUUUCACUUUUUGAGCACGUAAUACAAGUUUUUUUUUUAAUGUUUGAUUUAAAGGCAUGGUUGACGAUUGUAGAAGCAGCUGAAAAAAACUGAGCCGUUAAGGCAGAUUAGAAAAAAGCGUCCCACCCCCACACACAAACUUCUCCCCUCUGUGCUCCACGAUAACUCUCCCCCGAACUUGUAUCACCCUCCCCAUGACACACCCCCUCUGGCAGAGCAAGACGCCGGCCGGUAGAAGAUCCUACGCUAACUUCAAAUAGGAUUCGCCAUGUCGGCUUGGUAGUGACUAGCGGCAGUAAACGUCAGCUCUGCUAGCGAGUACCGUCUGCAGCUGCCUGGACAGCUACCAUGUUGACAUUGCAGCUACUGUAGGGAGCCAAAUAUGUUGCUGUGAUACAUAUCAUGAGUUUAUUAUGCAGUUCACUUUGUGUGCCUUGGGUGUCGCUGUCCUGUUACCUGGGUGCUCAGGGAUAAAGGUAGUCAUGUCACCGUUGUGGGCAGGUGUUUGACCCGGAAUGGCAAAAGGUUUUUGACUGCGUGGUGCUAACUGCCGGCGUUUUACUUGUUUGUUCAGUGUUGGAUAUCUUUUGCAAAUUUAAUUUGAUUAUGUUCAACGCAAUACGUUUUUUGUUUGUUGAAUCCAAGGAACUGCGUACGGACUCUCAAUGAUCAUCUCAACUCACGGUAAAACUCAGUAGCGCGGCGUGUCAACCAGGUUACUCCAGGUCAAGCAUCUCAGUUGCUUCAAGUAUCGGCUUAGCUCCUAUGAGAGCGACUAAUAAGAGUUAUUUAUGUGCCACGAUAAGAGGAAAAAAUUACCUCUUCAACAAAAACUCUUGGCGUCUGUUUUCAGGCCCCAAUCCUGGCGGAGCUUUCUCCACCGCUUGAAGGAUGACGCGAUGUUUAUUCGAGUUAGAUUUCCUCGCUUUGUCACAUUUCCUCUUCACUUUUGGUGGUGGGGCAAGCAGAAGUGGGUUUUUUUUUUGCGUCCUUCUCCUUCGCAGCUCCUGUUAAGGUGCUACGCUACUUUUAGCUGCUUAGAGCUCCAAGGAGGGCUGGUAGAGUGGGAGGGGACGAGUCGGAAACACGGGAGAGUGGUGUGUCAAAUACAGCCAGGUGAUUGGAUGGAGAGGCGGAGCAGGAGAUUUACCAAUAGGAGCUGUCCAGGACGGAUGGCUCCCAUUGGUCAAUGUUUUUGCGGCCCUGAAUGUUUUUUUCCAUUUUUUUACCUCUUCACUUCGCACUUUAAGACCAUGAUCGCCAUAGAAACGUGGAACAUAAUAAUUACCAAUGCCUUUAAUUAUUGUUAUGGUCAUUUUUUCUUUUCUUUAUUUUUCUUUUUUAGUCCUUUUUUCAUCUGAUUGAUUGUUUGAUUAAAUGGCUGAUGUAUCGAUUGAUAAACAGAUGGACUAACAGAUGGAUCUUUAUCUGCUAAUUCAUGUUUAGCUGCAAUGACGGUUACGUCGGGCAGUUCUGCAACUGUGCGGUCGGAGACAAAGACGAGCAGUCGCUGCGAAUUCACUGCCAUAAGCCAAACAGCACGGAGUGUGAGGGCCGGGGAGACUGUGUGUGUGGCCGCUGUCAGUGUCACACCACCGAAAGUGGAAGUAACUAUUACGGGAAAUACUGUCAGUGUGACGACGAGCACUGUGAAAAGUUCCAGAACAAACUGUGUGGAGGUAAAUCUUGACUCACUUUCACCCCCAUAUUCACGCUGAACACACAGAGGCUAAGAUAAAUGCGAGUAUGACCUCUUAACCUCUCCACCGUCACCAUCUAGGAAACGGGAAAUGCAUCUGUGGAAAGUGUGAGUGUAACCCGGACUAUGAAGGCUCGGCCUGUCAGUGUAAGAAAUCUUCACUGAGCUGUCUGGCCGAGGACGGCUCAGAGUGUAACGGCAGAGGGAAAUGUAAGUGUGACCGCUGCGAGUGCAUCGAGGGAUACCAGCGCCCGCGGUGCCUGACCUGCCUCAGUUGUCCCAAACCCUGCCGGACCAAACUGUAAGCACUUCUGCAAAAAACUGGGAUAAUGAAAAAAAAAAGAGAGGCAUUUAGUGAACCCAUGUUUUUAAACUGCUGACUGAUUUUGACCAAACAUUUCCUCUUUCUGUGAAAUCCAUUUUCAGGAACUGCAUUGAGUGCCUUGGCUUUCAAUCUGGCCCUUUCAAAAAGAACUGCACUUCCUCCUGCGGCAGCAUCAUUCACUGGAGCAUGGUCGAUCAGUUAAACUUCACGACCAAAGAGUGCGAGCAGAAGGACUCACAGGACUGCUGGGUGAAAUUCAAACUAGAGCAGCUAACUGGGGUGGAUAGAUUCAGAGCACAGAUCCUGGAAAAGAGAGGUAAAAAAAAAAAGACUGUCCUCUGGGGACAAUAAUGCAAACACAUUUAAAUUCUUCAGUGCGUUAAAGGGAUAUUCUGGCAUAAAAUUAGUUGAGGGUCAAACACACCAUAACACAGAGUUAGACACCCCCGUCUAGAGAUGAAUGUUGCUGACUGCUUACUUUUCUAGUUAUUCCAGCUUUAGUAAUGAGAGCGAUACACAGCGGUCCCAGAAGCCACGCGCUCGACCAAAACGCCACUCUAUAGCCACAAAUAAUGCUCAGAACAGCACCUAACUUCAUCAACAGGACAUAUAGAGUCCCAGCCAUAGUACUAGCCACCAGUGCUUUUUGGUUGAGGUUUGUUUGUGGCUCCUCAGACCACUGUGUAUUGCUAUCUGCGGUUGUUACUAGUUACGGUGUGUUUGACCCUAAAUUAAUUUUACACUGGAAUAUCCCUUCAAAUGUGUUUAUUCAUCUCUUCACAGACUGCCCGGCGCCGCCCAGCGUUGUUGCGAUCAUCGCAGGAUCUCUGGCAUCUGUUGCUCUGAUAGGCAUCCUGCUGCUGAUGCUCAUCAAAGUCCUGCUCUACUUCAAGGACCUGAAAGAGUACAAGAAAUUUGAGAAUGAAAAGAAGAAGUCCAAGUGGGCGGAGGUGAGCCAGUUUGUUUUACCGGUGUUUUUACAGAGAUGUUUUUUUUUUUAGCAGGUUACCCUUCACGUUUUCAUUAACCAAGCAGCUUUCAGAUUGGACCGUUUGACAAGAAACACUUCUGUUACAGACACUUGGCUUACUUUGUUAAAGCGGUUUACCUGUCCAGCAGAAAGGUCACAGGGUCCGUAAGAUCCCGAAGCGUCCCCAAUCGUUUAUGCUUCAUUGAUGUUGAUCCGGCUCUUUAGCUCUUGUCCGGUCUAUCUUCUUUUUAAGCGUCCGUUAUUCCGUCAGAGUCUCCGGUAUUUACUUCGUUUUCUUGCUUGUGUUGGCAGUCGUGGCCAAAGAAGGAUUUAGACAAUUUUCUGUACUUUCUGAUUGGUUUCUACUGUCCCAUAUUGUAGCACGCUAACUUUGUUUGGGCUCGUGAAAGAUACAGGGGAGCAGCGUCUGCCUUUCAGCCAAUCAGGUUGGGGGAGGCGGAGAAUGGCUUUGUUUACAGUCAGAAAGAGCAGCCGCUCAAAAAUUUUAAAUCGUUGAGAACACAGACAUAACAAAACACAGCAAUAUCAUUAUAUAACCAAAUGUCAUCAAUGACUAAUAGCUAUUGACUGAUAUUAAAAGCUUUUUUGUGUAUACACCACAAAAAAGGUGCUUCUUUCACGGAAUCCUGCCUACCCGACCUUUAAAUAACAUCAUGACUGAGAGUGUUUGUACAUCUGUAUUAACUGAAGAAUUUCAAACUAUGAAACAUUUAAAAACUCAGUAAGAAAUGAAAAAUUGGAGUAAUCAUAUAUGGUUAAAUUUCUCUACUGCCAGGCCGACAACCCUCUGUUUAAAGGGGCAACCACCACUGUGGCCAACCCCUUCUUCACUGGAGAAUAACCAACAACCACCCCUUCUUCACUGGAGAAUAACCAACAACCACCCCCACCUACACUGGAGAAUAACCAGCAAUCAACCCCACCUCCACUGAGGAAAAACAAACAACCAACCCCACCUUUACUGGAGAAAAACAAACAACCAAUCCCACCUACACUGGAGAAUAACCAAUAACCAAUCCCACCUUUACUGGAGAAUAACCAACAACCAACCCACCUUCACUGGGGAAUAACCAACAACCAACCCCACCUUUACUGGAGAAUAACCAACAACCAACCCCACCUUUACUGGAGAAUAACCAACAACCAACCCACCUUCACUGGAGAAUAACCAACAACCAACCAACCUCCACUGGAGAAAAACAAACAACCAACCUCAUCUUUAAUGGAGAAAAACCAACAACCAACCCCACCUUCACUGUAGAAUAACCAACAACCAACCCCACCUUUACUGGAGAGUAACCAACAAUCAGCCCCACCUUCACUGGAGAAUAACAAACAACCAACCCCAACUUCACUAGAGAGUAACCAACAAUCAGCCCCACCUUCACUGGAGAAUAACAAACAACCAACCCCACCUUCACUGGAGAAUAACCAACAAUCAGCCCCACCUCCACUGGAGAAUAACCAACAAUCAGCCCCACCUCCACUGUAGAAUAACCAACAAUCAGCCCCACCUCCACUGGAGAAUAACCAACAUCCAACCCCACCUUCACUGGAGAAUAACCAACAACCAACCCCACCUCCACUGGAGAAUAACCAACAACCAACCCACCUCCACUGGAAUAUCACUUCGACCCAUUAGUGUUUCCGUAGCUUGUUUAUAUACAUACAUUUACACACAUGUACAAAUGAAUAUAUACAGUGACAGCAUGGUCUCUGUUGUAGAGCUUGCAAAGAAUAUUUUAAGAUUAUUUAACAGGCCUUAGCAUAGUGUUGCCAUAUAAUGAAUUUUUAUUUUCCAUUGACAUGUCAAAUUUGUUGUGUCUGUAUUUAAAGUAUUCACAUUUCUGUUGCAACCAAAGUUUAAAGUUAGAGGACGUAUUACAACAGCAUUGCUCUGUUGUAGAAGAGUCCUGCUGCUAAACUGGCCUGCUUGCAGUCGUGACUUGUCAACAUUGAAAGCAUUUGGAGCAUCAUGGCAUAAAAAAAGCAGCUGAAAUCCUUUUUCAGGAAAGAAUGGGACAACGUUUCACUUUCUAACCUCCAGAAACUGGUCUCCUGGGAAAAAAAAGAGCUGAGGACACAGGAUGACAAACACGACCCUGCAACUACUUUUUAGAAACGUUGCUCACAUAAGAUUUAAAAUGAGCAGAUUUUUUUUAAAUCAAACAUCACCUUUUUUUAGUUCAAUGUUUUGCAGACAUUAACAGUCUGUUUUAUGAACAUUUUCCAGAGCAUUAGCACUCUUAUGAGAUUUGGGUUCAGACCAGGAGUGGUUUAACUGUGGAGGAUGAUUUUGACGUUUGCUCUAUUUGCUUUUCUUGUAUAAAUCCAGAUGAAUAAAGAAUUUAAAUUUUUA